UCCAGGACGUGCACAAAAACAUGUUGACCACCUUUCCAGACCUACGGCAAUUCAACAUUACCUCAUUAACCAUAAAUUACCAACCCAUACACCAAAUGAUAUCAAGCAAUUAGCAUUAAGGAAAAUACAUGAAUUCACGUUGAGAAAUAAUCAAUUAUAUUGGAGAAAAGAAGGCAUAGAGCGAAAAGUAGUGCAACGGCAUGAAAUGGAAGAAAUAUUGUUUAAUUUACACGGUAGUCAGUUAGGAGGACACUUCAAUACAGAAGCAACCUUCAAUAAGGCCAAACAAAAUUAUUAUUGGCCAAGAAUGUAUAAAGAGGUAGAAAAUUAUGUUAGAAGUUGUGACACUUGUCAACGACUGGGAAAUAGAAAGAAAAUAGAACAAUUACAUCCUAUCAAAGUAGGAAAAGUUUUUGACUGUGUGGGAAUUGAUAUUGUGGGACCAUUACCUAUAACAUUAAGUGACAAUCGUUAUAUAAUUGUAGCAACAGAAUACUUAACUAAAUGGCCAGAAGCAAGGGCCACAAAAGACAUACAAGCAAACACAGUUGCUCAAUUUAUAUAUGAAGACAUAAUUUGUAGACAUGGGGCACCAAAAGUAUUAUUGUCUGAUAGAGGAACAUCAUUUGUGAAUAGUGUCGUUAAAGCAUUGUGCGAUACAAUGAAAACGGCUCAUGUUCUCACGACAGCAUAUCACCCACAGACAAAUGGAUUGACGGAGAGAUUCAAUAAAACAUUGUGUGAAACAUUAGCAAAAUAC